AUGGCUGAAAAACCACCAGAGGAAGGUUACAUAUCGGUUGUGGACGAAGAACCUGAGAUUUUCGAGUUACUAAAAUGGGAUUCGUCACAACAUACACAGAAACCGGAACAGAUACCGCGGCCUAUUCCUAUUGAAAAACCAAAGAGUCCUGAGAAAAGAGUUUCGAAACCUGCGGAUUGUGACCCUUUUGAUUUAAACGAACCUUCUUUUAUAGAAACUUAUAGAUUAUCUAAAGAUUUGGCGCGAACGUUGUGUGAGGAAUUAAAACCAGUGAUGCCUGAUUCUACAAAAUCCAUUGAAUUUUCAGUUGAAAGUAAAGUAAUGGCAGCUUUAGCGUUCUAUGCAACGGGCAAAUAUCAAAAGUCAAUAGGGGGUAAGAGUGACCCGAGCAUAACACAGUACUUUGUGGCGACCGCAGUGUUACAGGUCACUGAGGCCAUGAACCAUCCCUCCAUAGUAAAGAAAUACAUACACUUCCCACAUUUGAGACAGGAGCGGGAUAUUAUCAAAGCCAGGUUUUACAUGAAAUAUGGUAUUCCAAAUGUGAUAGGAAGUGUGGAGUGUACACAUGUGCCCAUGGCGCGGCCUGAGGAUGACCAGAAGAGCCACUUCAACAAGUCUUAUCAUUCCAAGAAGGUGCAAGUUAUCUGUGAUAGUGACCUAACAAUAAUAAGCGUGGACGCGACGGCGGGCGGCUCGUACUCCCACGACAACGUGCUCAACAGACACGCUGUCAGGGUCGACCUCGAGUCGUUGAACAACUCCGGGGAACCAUGCUGGCUUAUUGGGGGCCCAUACUAUACACAGAAGCAAUACAUAAUGACACCUAUACCGAAAAUAACAAAGAAAUCGCCCGUAUCACCAGAGAAAUACUACUCAAACGUGCACACACAGGCACAUAGCGCGGUCACUGACACCAUAAAACAAUUAAAAAGUAGAUGGAAAUGUCUUCAAGCUAACUGUAACAAGCAAUUUGACCCUCCUACUGUCGCCAUGAUGAUCGUAGCGUGUUGCAUUCUACAUAACAUAUGCAACCGGCGUGGCAUUCCCCCAGUGCCUAUGACUCAAGCUGAAGAGCGACUAGAGGCCAUGAAGCAGAAGGUAGCCAACGGCCCCAUACCUAGAAAGCAAGUCGAGUACGCUAACGGUAUUCAAGCGCGCGCGGCUUUAGUGGAAAGAUUGUGGAAUGAGCGUCGUAUUGUACCGGAAUGUGGGGCUCCUAAGAAGAGGAUGUCGAAGAAGGAUAGGAUAAUGGAGAAUCACCAGCCUCCGCAGCCGCCGCCGCAGCAGCAUCAUCAUCAGCAGCAACAGAUGCACCAGCCACAUCACGAGGACAUGAGUAAGAGGCCUCGAAUCAUUCCAAUGACUACUCCUACUUACAGUUUGGGUAUGCCUCCCGGCUGGGGUCAUUACCCUCAACAUUGA